UCCCCGGUUCCUAAUCUCUAAGCGACAAAGAUGCAGAAAGUGACGUCGAAACUGCCAUCUUGGGACACGACCAAGACCACAAGCAAAAAGGGCUUUGACAAGGUCUGGGGCUGGGCGGAUAAGCUCGGAGCACCCGUAAAUCGACUCUCGAAUCGCAUUGGCAGCGAAGCGUUUUGGCCAACGACAUUAGACAAAGAAAGCGACAAGGCUGCGAGAAUCCUGAGAUCAUUCUGCAAGGAUGGCUUCUACGCAGAUGAAGAACCUCAAGUCGACGCUGCCGGACCGAAGAGGAAGCAGCGAGUUAUCAAGAAAAUUCCUCAAAAAGUAAUCGAGAAUUGUGUCGGUCUCGCUAUAUUCACCGUCAUGCGUACUGGACUGUGGGUGUCCGGAGCCGGCGGUUCCGGCGUGGUGGUCGCCAAGCAAGAGGACGGAUCGUGGUCUCCUCCAUCCGGCAUUCUGCUCCACACGGCCGGUUUGGGAUUUCUUGUUGGAGUGGACAUUUACGACUGCGUCCUGGUCAUCAACAAUCGCAAGGCCCUGGAUGCCUUCACCAAAGUCCGAGCCACAGUGGGUGGUGAGAUUACAGCAGUCGCCGGACCCGUUGGCAUGGGCGGAGUUCUCGAGAACGACGGAAAAUGGAAAGAGGCCAACAGACCCAAUUUUACCUAUCUCAAGUCGCGUGGUUUCUACGCCGGUGUCCAAGUCGAUGGUUCGAUCAUCAUUGAGCGUACUGACGAAAAUGCGCGCUUUUACGGACAGACGAUUGGUGUUACCGACAUAUUAGCUGGCAAAGUCCGGCAUCCACCAUACGAGCUUAAAAUGCUGAUGGAGACAUUGAAAGCUGCCGAAGGUCGCUCGGAUGUUGAUGAAGAGCUCAUGGAGGAGCUUGAGGGACAGCCAGCACCGGGCGAUGUAAAUGUCGAGGCGCCCAGUGACAAGUCGUUCGGCAUCCCAGAGCCUGAUGACCCGGAUCCAUAUGGCUUUCUGGCCCUGCAACGGGAGGGACUGGAUAUUGUCGAGGCCGGCACUCGUUCAAGACCGUCUAGCAGCCAGUUUGAAUACCACCCAAGCCCGUCAAGCCCGACUUACAGCAAGUUUCACAAUAGCAAUAGACACAGCAUGGAGACUGCAGAAACAAGAAGCAGCCGCGACAGCCACGCAUCAACUCCAAACUCAAGGCUCCGAUGGAGCAGCGGCGAUCCGCAUUAUGAAUCAUCAGAUGCCGGUACACAAACCGAUGAAGUUAUAACUCCAAUCACGAGCCCAGUUUUUAAC